AUGUCGAAGCCGAUAAAAAGUUCAUCGAGGAAACUUCUUUCCAUCAUGAUUGACAAGUUUACUGAAGUGAAAACUGAAUUAAAUAAAAAUUUCAUGGAGAAAUUACAACGAUUAGAUAAAGUUGUAUCUUUUUUAGAUAACUGUGAUGGUGAUAUUCAACCAAUAAUGGAGGAGAUAAAUGCAAUAAAAACUUUAGAAAAACAAGAAAUGCUGAAUUCGGAAACGCAGUACUUACAAAAAAUUUCUUCAAUGACAGAUGUAAGUAUAAGGACACUAAGAAGGAUAAAAAAUGAAGCAUUAAUUAAUAAAGGAAAAUGGGACACUCCUGGGAAAAAACGACCUCAUCAACCAACAGUGUCUGCUUUAGAUAAUUUUGAUUUAAGUGCAAUUCGGAAUAAAGUAAAUGAAUUUUACUGUGUGAAAAAAAUUGUUCCAACAUUAAGAAGCCUUCACAAUGAAUUAAAAGAUGCAAUAGGAUUCAGUGGUAGCCGUGAGACUUUACGAAAAAUUAUGCUUAAGAAUGGAUUUUCUUUUAAAAGCAAUGAAAAUGAACGUUCUAUGCUUAUAGAAAAAUACCAGAUUUCUGCAUGGAGGCACAAGUAUUUGAGAGAAAUAAAUAUAAAACGAAACGAAGGAAAGCAAAUUGUGUACCUUGAUGAAACUUAUGUACAUCAGAAUUAUAAAGUUAAAAAGUCUUGGCAAGGACCUUCAACAACUGGUGUCACUACAAAGAUAUCCUCUGGAAAACGGCAUAUUGUUGUGCAUGCUGGAUCUGAGGAAGGUUUUGUGCCUGGUGCAUUAUUAGUGUUCAGUAGUAAAUCCAAAUCUGCUGAUUAUCAUGAUGAUAUGAACUCAUCGAACUUUAUGAAAUGGGUCAGAGAAAAAUUAAUACCAAAUUUAAGUAAGCCCAGUGUAAUUGUUAUGGAUAAUGCCAGCUACCAUAUAAAACAAAUCAAUAAACCGCCUAUAAUGUCUAAUACCAAAGCAGAUAUCCAUAAAUGGCUUGUAAAUAAUGGAAUACAUUUUGAGGAAUAUCAGACAAAGGCAGAGUUAAUGUGUUUGGUUAAUGAUAAGAAAACAUUGCCUGUAUAUGAAGCUGAAGAGAUUUUAAAAGAACAUAAUCAUGAACUUUUAUUGCUGCCACCGUAUCAUUGUGACUUAAACCCAAUAGAGAUGGUUUGGAGUCAAGCAAAAAGAAAAAUUGCAAGCAGAAACAUUGGAAUACCAGGAAAGGAAAUGGAAAACUUAAUAAUAGAGUGUUUUAACUUAAUUACCCCUAGUGACUGGAAGAAAUACACUGAUCAUGUUUUAAAUGUCGAAAAUGAUUACAAAUUAAAAGAUGGCAUUGUUGAAAACGAACUUGAAAAAUUUAUUAUAUCUGUUGGUGCAGACAGUAGUGAAGAGAGUGACUCUGAUGAUUCCUUGUCAUUGUUAUCAGGUGUAGAAUAUUUAGAAACAGAUUUUGACUAUGAAUCAGACUAA